AUGCGUUUCACAGCCCGACUCCUCGCUCUGCCUUCCGCCGUCGGCACCCAAUCUUCUGGGCUGCGCCCUGUCCCGCUCGCACUCCUCCCGCCUAUUCCACUCUACCGACGACUCCUGCGGGCGCACCGCAAGCAUCUCCCGCGACAGGAACGGCUCUUGGGAGAUGAGUACAUCAAGAGCGAGUUUCGCCUGCACCGGAAUAUUGAGAAUCCCGUACAUAUUGUGGGCUUCCUGACGGAGUGGCAGAUGUACGCGCAGCAGAUUGAGGGUGAAUCGUGGAGAGGUGAAAAGAUGGAUCGUGGGAAGAUUGACAAGAUGAGCGACCAGCAGAUUGGCCAGAUGUACGAGCUGAUGAACUCGAUCCGCGAAAAGGAGCUCGCUGAAAAUGACCCCGAAUACUCCCUGGAUCCGGUGUCCCAGAAGAAAGACGAGUAG